AUGACCUCGUUAACUUCCGAGGCACCGUCAACUACUGGGAACUGUGUUGGGCAACCACGGAGAGUCGUGGAAUUAUAUGUGGAUGGCAUGAAAGAUGACAUCACUAUGGAAGCACUACGCACCCACUUUGCGCAGUUCGGUGAUGUUCUCGAGGUGUCCCAGUUCAAACCUUCGUCAACAAACCGUUAUUGUGGUAAUACCCUCAUUAUACUUCGUCCAAAAUGCAAUGUCCCCACCUUUCUCCAUAAAGCACACAAGAUCCGUGGCUGUCCAAUUACAGUUGUGAAGCGUGUUUCGGACGGAAAUCAACAAAGUGAUUUAGCGAGUGCUGAAUCGGACACGAUGGGCUGUGCUGAGGAUACACCGACGGUGCUCAAAUUAUCUGUGGAUGGCAUCAAGGCUCGCAUCACUGUGGAAAUGCUACGCGAUUACUUUGGGCAGUUUGGCGAGGUGCUUGAUGUAUACCUCUACACGACUCCGGUCACACACAUUCGUUGUGGAAACGGUAUCAUUACACUGCGCCCCAGCUGCAAUGUGGUCACAAUUCUUCACGCAAAGCACUGUAUCAGUGGUGCCUCAAUUCAUGUUUUUCAGCUGGCCUACGACGGCAACCAGCCAGGUGAAGCAGUAGGGGAUGCAGUACAGAUAUAUGUGGAUGGCAUCAGAGGUGGUGUUACCGUGGAGACACUACGGAACUAUUAUGCGCAGUUUGGAGAG